AUGGAGCGACGCGGCCGGAGGCGGCCCGGAUUGGAGCGGGGCCGGGAGACGAUGCCCGCCUUGCCGGCCCUGCCGCUGCUGCUGCUGCUCGGCGCCCUCGCCCUCCUCCUGGCCCCGCCGCCCGCCGCCGCCGCCUCCUCCUCCGAGGCCAAGGAGUGCGCCAAGCCCUGCGCCAACGGAGGGCGCUGCCAGCCCAGCACCGGCCAGUGCGAGUGCCAGCCCGGCUGGGUGGGGGACCAGUGCCAGCACUGCGGGGGCCGCUUCCGAAACCUGCCGUCUCACUGCAACAUCGUGUCUUCUUCCAGCGGUCUCAUUGUACCAGAGAGAGAGAGCAACGAGACGGUCCCAGAGGUUGUGGCUACCUCCGGCUACGCCCUCCUACAUUUCUUCAGUGACGCUGCUUAUAACUUGACGGGGUUUAACAUCACCUACAACAUCAACGUGUGUCCCCAGGACUGCUCGGGCCGGGGGGAGUGCCGGCCCAGCAACAACAGUCGAGUGGUGGAGUGCGAGUGUUCGGAGCACUGGAAGGGGGAUGCCUGCGACGUCCCCCACUGCCCCAACGAUUGCGGCUCCCCAGAGAGAGGGCGCUGCAGUGGGAACGGCACCCAAGGGUGUGAGUGUCACCCCGGCUGGCAAGGUACCGACUGCUCAAUUCCUGUCCCGGCAAACAGGUCGUUUUGGACUCGGGAGGAAUUCCACGUCCCCAAACUUCCCAGAGCAUCCCAUAAAGCCGUGGUCCAUGAUGAUAUCAUGUGGGUGGUCGGCGGUUACAUGUUCAAUCACACGGACUCCCAGAUGGUGUUGGCGUAUGACCUUGUGGCCAAAGAAUGGCUUCCUUUGAACAGCAGCGUCAACGCCGUGGUGAUCAGAUAUGGGCAUUCGGUGGCCCUACACGAAAAUAAAAUCUACAUGUACGGAGGCAAAAUAGAUGAGACGGGGAACGUGACCAGCGAGCUGUGGGUCUUCCACAUCGCAAACCAGUCCUGGGUUCGAGAGGUCCCCAAAGCCAAGGAGCAGUAUGCUGUCGUGGGCCAUUCAGCGCAUAUCGUCACGAGGGACGACGGCAGCGUCGUGAUGCUGGUCAUCUUUGGGCACUGUGCUCUCUACGGGUACAUCAGCAGCGUGCAGGAAUAUAAUCUGGCGACAAACACGUGGAGCAUUUUGCAGACGGAAGGCGCGUUAGUGCAAGGAGGGUACGGCCACAGCAGCGUGUACGAUCCGAGCACCAGGUCCGUCUACACCCACGGCGGCUACAAGGCGUUCACUGCCAACAAGUACAGGCUGACGGACGACUUGUACAAGUUUGAAAUCAACAGCCACACCUGGACGAUUCUAAAAGACAGCAAGUUCUCCCGCUACUUGCAUUCCGCCGUGAUCAUCAGCGGGACCAUGCUGGCAUUCGGAGGGAACACCCACAACGACACGUCUAUGAGCCACGGCGCCAAAUGCUUUUCUUCCGAUUUUAUGGCGUACGACAUAGCUUGCGAUCGUUGGUCUGUGCUUCCUCGACUGGAUCUCCCCCAUGACAUCAACAGGUUUGGGCAUUCUGCUGUGCUGAACAACAACGCCAUGUACAUAUUCGGGGGCUUCAACAGCCUGCUGCUGAGCGACCUCGUGAAGUACACGCCAGAGAGCUGUGAAGCGUACAGCAAUGAAACGGCCUGCUUGCAGGCGGGCCCCGGCAUCCGGUGCGUGUGGAACGGCUCUCUCCAACAGUGUCUCCCGUGGGAAAUGGCCACGAAGUAUCAGCAACAAAAGAUAAUUGAGGAGUGCCCUCCCCCGUCAGUUGCAGACCAAGAAAAGUGUGAGCAGAUCACAGACUGCCACAGCUGCACAGCAAACACCAACCGCUGCCACUGGUGCACCAACCAGUGCAUCUCAAGGCAGAGCAACUGCUCGGAAGACCAGACCCCCGUUACCGACUAUGUCAACUGCUCCAAGGACAACCCGGCCUACGUCUGCAACAAGAAGACGAGCUGCAAGAGCUGCACACUGGACCAGAACUGCCAGUGGGAGGGCCGGAACCAAGAGUGCAUCGCCUUGCCCGAGAACAUCUGCGGGUCGGCAUGGCUCUUGGUCAGCAACACUUGCCUGAGGAUCAUGAACACCAAAGAUACCUACGACAACGCGAAGCUGGCCUGCAGAAGCCACAGUGCUGCCCUGGUGUCGCUCACCAGCCAGAAGAAGGUGGACUUUGUCAUCAAGGAGCUCCAGAAGACUCAGUCCUCGCCCAAAGCCUUGACGCCGUGGGUCGGACUGAGGAAGAUCAACAUAUCCUACUGGUGCUGGGAAGACAUGUCUCCUUUCACGAACACUUCGCUGCAGUGGCUGCCGGGGGAGCCGAGCGAUAUUGGGUUCUGCAGCUACCUGGCGGAGCCAAGCAACCAAGGGCUAAAGGCGGCCACGUGCAUCAACCAAGUCAACGGCAGCAUCUGUGAAAAGCCUGCGAACCACAGCGCCAAGCAGUGCCGAACGCCCUGCGCCUCCCGGACGGUAUGCAGCGAGUGUACCAGCAGCAACCCGGAGUGCAUGUGGUGCAGCAACAAGAAGCAGUGCGUGGACUCCAACGCCUACGUGGCCUCCUUCCCGUACGGCCAGUGCAUGGAGUGGCACACCGCAAGCAACUGUCCACCUGAGAACUGUUCCGGCUACUUCACUUGCGCUCAUUGCCUGGAGCAGCCUGGCUGCGGCUGGUGCACGGAGCCCAGCAACACCGGCAAGGGCAGGUGCAUCGAAGGUUCAUCCCAGGGCCCGAUGAAGGUGCCGGCUCCCUCUCCACCGCCCAUGGGGAAAUCCUACCUGAAACCGGACGUCAACGCCAGCAUGUGUCUCACCGCCAACAAUUACACCUGGUCCUUUAUUCAUUGUCCAGCCUGCCAGUGCAACGGACACAGUAAAUGCGUCAACGAGAGCAUCUGCGAGAAGUGCGAGAACCUGACCACCGGCAAGCACUGUGAGACCUGCAUCUCUGGUUACCAUGGAGACCCCACCAAUGGAGGGACCUGCCAGCCUUGCAAGUGUAACGGCCACGCCUCGAUCUGCAACGCAAACUCAGGGAAGUGUUUCUGCACCACAAAAGGAAUCAAAGGAGAGGAGUGUCAACUGUGUGAGGUUGAAAACCGAUACCAAGGCAACCCUCUCAAAGGAACGUGCUACUACACUCUCCUGAUCGACUAUCAGUUCACCUUCAGCCUUUCCCAAGAAGACGAUCGCUAUUAUACGGCAAUCAAUUUUGUCGCCACGCCUGACGAGCAAAACAGAGACCUGGAUAUGUUCAUCAACGCUUCUAAGAACUUCAACCUCAACAUCACCUGGUCGACAAGUUUUGCAGCUGGCACACAGGCCGGGGAGGAGAUUCCUGUGGUUUCCAAGAGCCAAAUCAAGGAGUACAAAGACAGCUUCUCCAACGAGAAAUUUGAUUUCCGCAACAACCCCAACAUCACUUUCUUUGUCUACGUCAGCAACUUCACUUGGCCGAUAAAGAUACAGAUCGCGUUCUCACAGCACAGUAACUUUAUGGACUUGGUGCAGUUCUUCGUCACCUUUUUCAGCUGUUUCUUGUCUCUGCUGCUCGUGGCUGCUGUCGUUUGGAAGAUUAAGCAGAGCUGCUGGGCCUCGCGACGGAGAGAGCAACUGCUCCGGGAGAUGCAGCAGAUGGCCAGCCGUCCCUUUGCCUCCAUCAACGUUGCCUUAGAGACGGACGAGGAGCCGCCAGAUCUCAUUGGCGGGAGCGUCAAGACGGUGCCCAAGCCGAUCGCCUUGGAGCCCUGCUUUGGCAACAAAGCAGCCGUCCUCUCUGUCUUCGUCAGGCUGCCGCGAAGCCUGGGAGGGAUUCCCCCACCGGGGCAAUCAGGUCUCGCAGUGGCCAGCGCUUUGGUGGACAUUUCCCAACAGAUGCCAAUCGUCUACAAAGAGAAAUCAGGAGCGGUACGAAAUCGGAAACAGCAGCCUCCAGCCCAGCCCGGCACCUGUAUUUGAUGCACGGACAUUGGGACUGCCUCUUUAGGGUUUUAAACAUAAGGGAUUUCCUGGGAGGAGCAGGGCAGAGACUUUGCGUAAGGCCAGAGGCACACCUCAGCGCGCCUGGGCAGCACUUCCGGGAGCGUCCGGCCCUUCCUCAGGGGGUCGUCAGUUGGCUUCGGUUGGGAUCUUCUCCGACGCAGGGCUGCCGAACCCUUUCUCUCCACAGUUCCGCGUUUUAUCCGUUCAUUCUCCGUUUCCUGGCGAGAGGUCGUUUGCAAGUCCCGCAGCAUCCGUCCCCACCUCCAAAGGCCAUUGCUAACGGGGAACGAGCCAAGCAGAGACGACAUACUCCCGGCUUUUUAUACACGGGAAGCGAUUUGUGGUACUUAAAUAUUUUCUGUUCGGGUCGCGCUAAAAAAAAAAAAAAAAGUUGCAGCACUUACGGAUAAUUUUCUGCCCUCGCCGGAUAAGCCCCCCUGGAUUUAAAGAAGCGGACUCAAUUUCCUCCAGGAACCCAGGACGGUUGUAAAAAAUUCUAUUUAUUUCGUACGUUUCUGUUGCGCUCUCCUCCAAACACAAUUCAUUUAGCAGGUCGAGGUUCUUUUUUUCUUUCUCCCCCCCCCUCCCCCGUAGCAUUGUUUUCAGCCGUCGGACUGUAUUAAAGUCAGAAGGGAACCGGG